AUGAGCAACAGGUUUAUGCAUUUAACUAACUACAGCGUAAACAAGGAGAGUACAUCUUUUGUGAGAAGUCAGAAUCCAGACGCUGAAGACUGUGGCAGUCAAUGGAGCUUCAGUGGUCUGUUGCGUUACUUAAAGAAGAACUGUAAGGACAUACCAACCCUCAUCUCCAAUAUAGAGGAUCUUGUCAUCAAGACAAUUAUUUCCGCAGAAGAAACAAUCACCACGUCAUGCAGAUAUACACCUCACAAAAGAAACUGUUUUGAACUCUAUGGCUUUGAUGUAUUGAUUGAUGAGAACCAGAGUCCCUGGCUCCUGGAGGUUAACACGUCUCCAUCUGUAACUUGUGAUGAUUUCCUCAAUUUAAAAAUCAAGAGCAAUUUGACUGCAGAUAUGCUUUCUUUAGUCGGUGUGAAGUGUAAGAAUCCUGUGGAGAAAAAAGAAAAACUUACCAUAGCUAACGCAUACAAUGAGGAGAACUUUUAUUGGGUUAAGGAUAGGGAGGAAGAGAGGAGAGGGGGUUUUGUAAGGCUAUUCACCAGGCAAGACACAUGGCAGCGCAAUGGCCCUAAACAUCUUUAUGCAAAGAAAACUGCAAUGUAUGGAACGAGCAGCAGUGGACCCCGGCAGAAUACAAAGGCGUAUGAGGAAAAGUUGCCUCCCUUAACCUAA